GGAGUGUCCCAGCAUUUAAGCAGCUGGCACAGCCCAGGAGCUGGCCUGCAGGAGCUGAGCAGAGACGCAGCCAGGACUUUGUCAGAUUAAAUGUUCCCAUGGCUACCCUUGCAAAAUAGGAAAACAAGUGUGGACUUGCAUCGUAGAGAAACUUAGGAACAGACUACUAUUAUGGCGGGGAAGCCCAAGCUUCACUACUACGAUGGACGGGGCAGAAUGGAGGUCAUCCGGUGGCUCUUGGCUGCAGCUGGAGUAGAGUUCGAAGAGGUAUUUAUAGAAACAGAAGAAGAUUUGGACAAGUUAAGAAAUGACGGGCGGCUGAUGUUCGGGCAAGUGCCCAUGGUGGAGAUCGAUGGGAUGGAGCUGGUGCAGAGGAGAGCUAUUCUUAAUUACAUCGCCAGCAAGCACAACCUCUACGGGAAGGACUUAAAGGAGAGAGCCCUGAUCGAUAUGUAUAUAGAAGGUAUGGCGGAUUUGAACGAAAUGAUCGUUACGCUGCUCGAAUAUACACCUGAGGAGCAAGUCAACCGGCUGGCCCUGAUCAAAGAGCAAACAACCAAUCGCUAUUUCCCUGCCUUUGAAAAAGUGUUAAAGAGCCACGGACAAGACUACCUGGUUGGCAACAGGCUGAGCCGGGCUGACAUUCACCUGGUUGAACUUAUCUACAACUUGGAAGAGUUUGACCCCAGCCUCACCGCCAACUUCCCUCUGCUGAAGGCCCUGAAAACCAGAAUCAGCAACCUGCCCAAUGUGAAGAAGUUUCUGCAGCCUGGCAGCCAGAGGAAGCCUCAUGAGGAUAAUAUAUCAAUACAGAAAGCAAAGGAUAUUUUUAAGUUUUAGUAAAGCAGGCAUGGAAGCAAAGCCCAGCCAAGAGCAACCUGCUAACAUUUUCUAAGAACUGACUGCUUGCCUAAUGCUGACAGUGGCUAGUGUGAAGCUAAUAAACUUUUCAAAUUAUGUACUAACGAAAAAAAAAACAAA